AUGCACAUAAUCAUGGAGCAGUACAGCAUCCUUGGUCGAAUUGGAGAAGGCGCCCACGGCAUCGUGUUCAAGGCAAAACACAUAGAGACUGGAGAGACUGUUGCACUGAAGAAAGUGGCUCUGCGGCGGUUGGAAGAUGGGAUCCCCAACCAGGCUCUGAGAGAAAUCAAGGCUCUGCAGGAGAUAGAGGACAACCAGCAUGUUGUGAAGCUGAAGGCGGUGUUUCCUCACGGCACAGGCUUUGUGCUGGUGUUUGAUUACAUGCUCUCGGACCUUUCGGAGGUCAUCAGAAACUCCGAGCGUCCCCUGAGCCCAGCACAGGUCAAAGGUUAUAUGAUGAUGCUGCUGAAGGGCGUGACGUUUUUGCAUCAAAACAACAUCAUGCACAGGGACCUGAAGCCAGCAAACCUCCUCAUCAGCUCCUCUGGAUACCUGAAGAUCGCAGACUUUGGUUUGGCUCGACUUUUGAGUGAGCAGAGGGAGAGACUUUACAGCCACCAGGUCGCCACCCGAUGGUAUCGAGCCCCUGAGCUACUUUAUGGGGCCAGGAAAUAUGACGAAGGAGUGGACCUUUGGGCAGUGGGCUGUAUUUUUGGAGAGCUGCUGAACUCUUCCCCUCUGUUUCCUGGAGAGAAUGACAUUGAACAAUUGUGCUGUGUGCUGAGGGUGUUGGGGACGCCGACUGAAGAGACAUGGCCGGAGAUGGUGGAGUUACCAGACUACAACAAGAUCACGUUUAAGGACAACCCACCGAUCCCGAUGAAGGAGAUCGUCCCAGACUCUUCUCCGCAGGCGCUGGACCUUCUCUCCAAGUUCCUGGUUUAUCCGUCGAAACAGCGCUGCUCUGCUAAACAGGCUCUGCUGCACCCAUACCUGUUCACUCCCCCUUUGCCGUCACAUCACUCUGAGCUCCCCAUACCCCACAGACGACCUCCGCGGCAGAGACUGCAGGCCCCGCCCCCUGACCUGUCCGUGGACCAGCCCCUGGAGAACAGCCUGGUGGACCCCGAUCUGCUGCAGCUAUGGACCGGCCCAUAA